UCUCACAAACACAAUGCAAGGUUUGCCUUCAGCCCGCACACGUCCGGGACCUUUCUCUCUGUCUGCACGUAAAUUUUGCCAGGGGUGCUUGCCUCGCUGCACUCGUGAGUGCAUUAUGACAGCAUUUAAAGGGGUCUGGACCAAGGCGUUCUGGAGGGCGGUGUCCGGAGAGUUCCUGGCCACCCUGAUCUUCGUGCUGCUCAGCCUGGGAUCCACCAUAAACUGGUCGGCCGGCGAGGAGAAGCCGCCUCCCGCCGACCUGGUGCUCAUCUCACUGUGCUUCGGACUGAGCAUCGCCACUAUGGUGCAGUGCUUCAGCCACAUUAGCGGGGCCCACAUCAACCCUGCCGUGACAGCCGCCAUGCUGUGCACGCGGAAGCUCAGCUUGGCCAAGGCUAUCUUCUACCUGGCUGCUCAGUGCCUGGGGGCCAUCGCAGGUGCCGGGAUCCUGUACCUGGUGACUCCUGCAUCUGUGAGGGGAAGUCUUGGGGUAACCAUGGUGAACUCCAACAUCUCUGUGGGCCAUGCCCUGCUGGUGGAGCUCUUGAUCACCUUUGAGUUGGUCUUCACCGUGUUCGCCACCUGCGACCCCAAGCGUGGUGACCUCAAGGGGUCGGCGGCCCUGGCAAUCGGCUUCGCCGUCUCCAUCGGACACCUGUUUGCGAUCCCUUAUACCGGUGCCAGUAUGAAUCCGGCUCGUUCCUUCGGUCCUGCUGUGGUCACCUGGACGUGGGGCGAUCACUGGGUGUAUUGGGUGGGUCCCGUGCUCGGGGGCAUCACUGCAGCCGCCAUGUACGAGUACCUGUACUGCCCCGACCCGGAGCUGAAGAAGAGGUUUUGUGGGGGUGGGGUGCUCUCCAAAAGGCCCUUCCCAGCAGAGAGGUACCAGGAGGUGGGGAGAGACCAGCUAGAUGGCGAUCCAGAUGAGUUGGUCAUCAAACCGGGUUCCCUGUCCACCCUGGACGUGGAGAAGGCAGAGAAGAGAUCUUUGUCUCCAAUAUGACUCGCAGGAGCACUGGAAAUGGAGACCAGUGUGUAGGACACUUAUUGGGACUUCCUGUCCCCACAGCAGGACAUCACCCUGCUUCUUCUUAUGACAGGGCACUUGGCCCAGCCCAGUUUGUCCUGGCCUGGAAGAGCCAGCCCAUUGGCCCAGAAGUCAAUACCUUGUGGUUUAAUUUCACACCAAGCCAAACACAUGUACUAGAUGCUUGUGUGUGUGUAUCUGUGGCAGAAUACAUUACGGACACACAUGAAUAAACACACUGGGAUCCUACAACAUAUAAAGUCCUGAUACAGACUGAAUUUUUAAUGACUGUGCUACCAUAUAAGACUUAAACAAUCUGUAAAAUGCAGCAAAGAGAGAAUUUAUUCGGGAUUUAAAUAAAGUGUUUAAUGAUUUAAUUAUCCUUUUUUUCCAGAUAAUAAAUCCCACACUGUACUGGAUUGUUUAAAUCUUAUAUAGAAAUCAUUAAAAAUUCAAACAGCACAAGGACUUUAUAGACACCCUGUAGUCACGGGACCCAUUAAAAAUGUUUUUGGAUAUAUUUCGAGGAUUUCUAGGAUGUUUUCCAAACCCCACCCCCAAACACGCAGCGUCAUUUGAAAUUGCACGAAGUCCUCUGUCAAGUACAUUAAGACUCAAUGCUGCGGCAUGUGCAGCUGGGGAGAAGUGCUCGAAAACAUAUUUUGUCCUCUGGAGUGGACAAAAAUCAAUGGUUGGGUCGCAGGAGGGUAUUAGGGACUCCAGGUGCAAGUAAUCAUUUAUCAAAAAUGCCCUGUGAUCAUAGAGCUGGUGGGUCUCCGGGGUCACGCUGGGCUACGGGGACGACCAACCGCGGGGAAACCGACUCCCAUCCUGCUGUGUCUUCCUGCUCACCGUUCUCUCCAUUUUCAGUGCUCUCUUUUUUAUUCUCUUACACGUCAAUAUCCGUGCUGCCGAGUCUGCCUUGACUAGUGCAGCUAAACAUGCAUUUACACUUGCGUUAAGUAUUUAAAAUAGGGUAAAAUCGGUGUAAAAUUAAUUCUAGACGAGCUGAAAUUGUGGAGUGCGUGAACGGCCCUGCCUCUCCCGCGGGACGGUCCGAGACCAUCGCCCGCUACCGCUGACCUUUCCUUCUCAACUCGGCCGCCCAGCUCAGGACUGCGGAGUCUAUUCCUGAUCGGCACUAACAUUUCAUCUAAGAAAUGUCAGACAUCUGUGUCGUGGCAGUUGGCCUCCGCUCUGUCAGCGGGACAGUGGUGCCAGAGCUACAUUCCCAAACGGUCCCCCCCGGGCCCCUCCAGAGGCUAGUUUGGUUCAGCAGCCAGGUGCGCAACAGUCUUCAGCAGUACUCUUCCCGCAAACUGGGAAGCAUCCGAUGUGGCUGAAAAUGCUUUCUCACCCCACUUGUGAGCUUUAAAUGCAUACAGCACGUACUAUAUUCCAAAACACCGUAAAUACACAGCGCCGGUCAAAAAUUUCAGUCCGCGUGAGCUACACCUGAGCGGGAGGGUCUGGACGGAAGAGUGAAAGCAAAGUGUGCAGAAGAGCUCUGAAGAGGUGGCGCCUCCUUUCCUUCUCAAAACUAGUCUCCAGCAGGUGGACUAAGACUCUACGCUGUUGCUGCAUAUACCGUAUGUCGGGACGGUUAGCAGUGCAGCGGUUCAGUCUGGUGCUUUUGAACCCAAAGGUCGCAGGUUCGAUCUCUGGCUGUAGUUCCCUUGAGCAAGGUACUU